AUGACUGCUCGUCUUGGUACCGGUGACUAUCAAAUCGAGUUACCCGAUGAAACCUGGACUGCAGUUCUUGUUUACGGUGUAAAUACAGGUUUUGGUUCGUUUGCAUCAACAAUUAUUUCUGAUGAGAAACUUGCUGAUUUACAAACUCGAUUGAUCGUUUCACAUUGUGCUGGUGUUGGAGAACCACUAUCAAUUGAACGAGCUCGAAUGAUGUUCGCAUUACGGAUCAAUAUUCUUGCCAAAGGAUAUUCUGGCAUUUCAGAAGAAACUCUGCGUAAAAUUAUUUCUGCAUUCAAUAAAUCUUGCAUUCCAGAAAUUCCAUCUCAAGGCACAGUAGGGGCUUCAGGUGAUUUAGCUCCGUUAUCACAUUUAGCUGCUGGUUUAAUGGGUGUUGGACGUAUGUGGUCACCAAAAACAGGCUGGGGAAAUGCAAGGGAAGUUUUAGAACAGAAUGAAUUAGGUCUCAUUGAAUACAAAGCAAAAGAAGGCUUAACUAUGAUCAAUGGAACACAAUUUAUGACGGCACUAGGAGCUGAAGCUAUUGAACGAGCAAUGUCAAUAGCACGGCAAGCCGAUGUAAUUGCCGCUCUUAGUACAGACGCAUUACGUGGCACUGUUCGACAUUUACAUCCAAAAAUUCAUUCAUCUCGACCUCAUCGUGGACAAAGUGUUGUUGCAGCACGAUUACGUUCAUUGCUAGCGUCGGAAGUACAUCCAUCGGAAAUAUCAAAAAGUCACAGUAAUUCCGGUCGGGUACAAGAUGCUUAUUCAAUUCUAUGUGUUCCACAGAUUCAUGGAAUAUCAUGGGACACUAUUGGCUUUGUUAAAAACGUUAUCACAACUGAAAUGAAUAGUGAUAAUUUUCAUGGAGAAUAUCCAGCUAAAGCUUUGGACUAUUUAGCAAUUGGUGUGCAUGAAAUAGGUAGUUUAAGUGAAUGUCGCAUGGAAAGACUUGUGAAUCAUAAUAUGAGUGGUUUACCAGCUUUUCUAACACCUGAAGGCGGAUUAAACUCUGGUUUUAUGAUCGCACAGUAUACAGCUGCAGCACUUGUUUCGGAAAAUAAGGCAUUAUGCCAUCCAUCAUCGGUUGAUAGUAUAUCAACAAACGCUGGCCAAGAAGAUCAUGUGUCGAUGGGUGGAUGGUCAGCUCGAAAAGCGUUAAAAGUUAUUGAUAACGUUGAAUUUUUAUUGGCAAUCGAAUUAUUGAUGGCGUGUCAAGCUAUAGAUUUAUUACAUCCUUUAACUUCGACUCCUCCAUUGCAGAGGGUUCAUGAUUUGGUCCGACAAUCAAUUCCAACUUGUGAUAAAGAUCGAUUUAUGGCUGCUGAUCUUGAAAAAGCUGCGCGCAUUAUUAAAUCUGGAAUUGUUUGGAAAACAGUACAACCUUAUAUCGAAAAUUAUCUGGAUUCGUAUUCUAAACUAGCUCAUGCCAGAUUAAUUGGAAGAGAACAGCAUUAA